AUGAGAGGAGAUCUGGAACAUGUUCCUGAAGGUCUGAAGCUGGCAGAGUAUUGUGACGAGCAGAUACAGAGAACACAUUCUAAUCUCGGAGAUAGAAUCCGACAAAUAUUAAGAUUUCCCGCACCAAGAUCCCGCCGAGAUUUGUUUCUUAGUUCUACGAAUCUAUCUUCAUCCUCCCCUAGCACCUCCUCACCCUCAUGUCCUGCACCCUCAACAGCCCUUAGCAGAUCUCAUUCAUCUUCAUAUUCCGGCCAGCCAUCGAGUAAACAUGCCAGGUGUUCUUCGCAACCAUCGCCACGGGUAUCUCGGAAGAGCAGCAUGCCGUGCCAAUGCGAUAUCACCCCUGGUAAGCUUGAAGCACGGCCUAGCCUGCCCCUGCCCCGUCCCGGGCACACCAGUAGGAUAAACACAGCUUAUCGGUCAUCAUCCGACCACCCGGUGGCGUUCAAGUCACUUCCAGUACAGCAUCCAGAUGCGGCGAAACAUGUGCCGGGAUUGAGACCAAACCAAGCUUACUCUAGAUCAUUGUCCCAGUCAAAUAAAUCCAAGGAUUGAUAUUAAACAAAUAAU